GAGAAGGGAGAGGAAAGUGGAGGAGGUGAAGGGUCAUGGAGGAGGUGAAGGCUGUGACAACAGAAGAGGCUGCUCAGGAUGAUGGUAAAGAGGGGGCCGUAGAGGAAGCCGUGGAGGCCAUGGAAACCACAGAGAAUGGAGCCUCUGGGGAUGCAAAAGCUGAAGAUAGUAAAGUCGAAGAGAGUAAAGUCGAAGAGAGUAAAGUCGAAGAGAAGAUGGAGGAAUCUGUCGUGGAAAAAAACGGAAAGCACAGAGCAUGAGCAGUCUGCUGGUGAGAAUGGGGCGAAGGCUGAGAGUGCAGGGGAACAGGCCACAGAGGAGGACGAUGACGGACUGCCAGAAGAGUUCCAGACAAUUGAUGAAACAAAUGACGAAGAUGGUGAUGAGAAGAAAGAGGAGAAGGAGAGAGAGAGACGACCGUCCAAACGGGCCAGGUCACGAUCACGAUCUCCAAGGCGCAGGUCCAGAGAGAGAUCCAGACGGUCUAGAUCACGAGAACGUCGCAGGGAAUCACCAAAGGUUGUUGUGGAAGAGGAAGAUGAUUCCUGGUUACAGUCUACAGCUGGUCAGCUUGACAGAUACCACGCUGAUCUGAACCUGAGGAUUGAUGAGAAUGGACUGAAGGCUCACCCUCUCACAGCAGAGGGCUUUGCCUUUAUGUGGGCUGGGGCCAGGGGCAUGUUUGGGGUUACUUCUGGAAAAGUCGCAUUUGAAGUCAAGAUUGCAGAAAACAUUAAAGUGGAGCAUUUGCCCUCUGAAGAAACAAAGAAUGUUGUCAGAGUGGGAUGGUCCGUCGACAGUACAACCACACAACUUGGUGAGGAACCUUUGUCUUACGGGUAUGGAGGAACAGCCAAAGCCUCAGAGAACUGUAAAUUUAAGGAUUAUGGGGAGACGUUCACCAGUGGAGAUGUGAUCACAGCGUAUUUGGACCUGGACAGUGAGCCAGCCACCAUCGCCUACUCCAAGAACGGCGAGUACCAGGAUGUCUGUUUUGAGGUGGACAAGGAGACCCUAGGAGAAAAAGCCCUUUUUCCUCACAUCCUCACGAAAAAUACAGAGUUUGAGGUCAACUUUGGAGCCCUAGAGACGCCAUGGUUCCCACUGCAAGAAGAAUUUGUCUUCAUUGAUCAGGUGGAGGCUGAGAAGCGAGUGAGAGGGACAGAGCCUCCAGCCAAGAAAGAAGAGUGUGAGAUCAUAAUGAUGGUGGGUCUGCCAGGAGCAGGGAAAACUUACUGGGCACAGAAACAUUCAGCAGCUAAUCCAGAGAAACGAUUCAACGUUCUUGGUACAAACAAUAUCAUUGAUAAAAUGAAGGUGAUGGGUCUCCCUCGUAAGAAGAAUUACGCAGGCCGCUGGGAUUCAUUGAUUGAGAAGUCGACAAGAUGCCUGAACCGGCUGAUAGAAAUAUCAGCACGGAAGCGCAGGAACUACAUUCUGGAUCAGACAAAUGUGUACGCAUCAGCCCGGAGACGUAAAAUGCAACCUUUCGAAGGUUUUCAACGAAAGGCAGUUGUGGUAAUACCAUCUGAUGAGGAUUUCAAAACCCGCAUAGCUGAAAGAGAGAAAGAAGAAGGGAAAGAAGUACCAGAACGAGCUGUUCUUGAGAUGAAAGCUAACUUCACUCUGCCUGAGGUGGGAAGCCUCUUUGACACCGUGGAGUUUACUGAGCUGAACCAGGAAGAGGGGGGCAAACUGGUGGAGAAGUACAUGAAAGAGGCUAAGGCCGCUCUUCCCCCACCAGAGAAACGCUUUCGGGGAGAUCGCUUCAGUCCCAGGGGACGCAGUGAUUACCGUGGCGAUCACCGAGGUCGUGGAGGUUACCAUGGGGACCGAUAUGGUGAUCGCUAUGGAGGUCGAGGAGGUUACCGUGGAGGAUACAAAGAUGGUGGUUACCGGGAUAACCAUAGAGGUUAUGGAAGCCGUGGGUCCUACAACAGAUAUGACUCUAGUGGUCGCUAUGACAACAGGAACAGAUAUGAUAACAGAUCAGGAGGAAGUCACUCUAGAAAUUUGGACAACCGUUCCUAUGAUUCCCGAAGUAGUGGCAGCCACGGGUCAUGGGGAGGUCGUCAGGGGUCAUGGGGAGGAUCUGGUCACUCGGGAAGUUGGAAUAACCAGUCUGGCUGGGGAGGUCAAGGUCACUGGGGCUCCUCACAGGGAGGCUAUGGCAGCUACAACCAGGGCUACGGUUCCCAGUCUAACCAGGGUUACGGAGGUCAGUGGGGAAAUUCAUGGAACCAGAACUACUGGGGAGGUCAGGGCGGUUCAGGUUAUAACCAGGGGUCAGGCUACAAUAGCGGCAGUGGCAGCCAGUGGUACGGCAGCUACAAGUAAACACCAGCCUACGUCAUCUUACCAGAUAUUUAGGGUCAGUGCUGAUGGUAUGACUACCAGCAGCACAGAGUCUGACUCUGACUCAGCAUCAUUGUUUAUGAAAAUCUUCUUUUUUUUUUCUCUUUUUUUUUUUGAGGAUUUCUUCUUGUUAAUGUCCAGGUUUUUCUCAUCUCUGUAGAUGCCUGCAUUUUAUGUCUUGUUGGGAUCAUUUCAUACUUGUAUAUUACACAUUUUAUUAUGUACAGUAGUAUAGAUGAUGAUUGUAGUGUUGAACCUUAACGUUAGGUCAUUGUUCAAUGUUUUCAGAAAAUCUCGCAUCUGAUUUUAAUCACUGACGUAGACAUAAUUACUGAAUUAGGUCAGUGUUCUUGUAAUCAUGGUGAACUGUUUUUUCUUAAAAACAUGUUUGAUAGCUAUAUAAGGUCAUCUUCCGUCAACUUGGUAACAAUAUGUAAACAGAUUUUGUACAGGGUUUCAACAUAUCCAAAUGCUAACAACUUCUUCAUCUGAAUGAUAUAUUCCAUCAUCUGCAUCUCACCUCAUCUUGUAUUUUACAUGUCAUCUCAAUUAACUCUGAUAAAUAAUGCCAAUUCUUCAUAUCUCUGUUAAGUAGACAGAAAUCUAAUGUUCUGAGAUGACUGAUGUGGUUCAAUAAACAUGGAAUGUAUCCAUA